AUUUUUUAUAUAUUAAUUUGUUUGUUACUCCAAUGUUGUUUUUGAACCAAACCCACAUCCCGCUUCCCCUCUCCUCUCUGUGACUGUGACUGUGACCCUUCAUCUCUCUUCUUCAACAAUGGUGGAGCAGCUCUCAGCAUAAUUCUCAGCUCAGAAUUCUCACAUCAAGAUUUUGUAUCCAUUGCUUCUGGAUCUUGUAGAGAUGAAGAAAGAUAAGAGUGUCAGUUCGAAAGCUGGAGAGGUCCCGGUUAGAUUAACUCGCGCACGAGCUGCUGCUUUAAGUGCAACUGGACAGUUGCCACCAUUGAAGGAUGUAGCACAAGAAAGUCAAAAGCAUCCGCAAGGCGCCAAUUCAGAAAGAGCAGUCUCUGAUGAUACAUGCCUUCCGCGUAAGAAGAGGGCAGCUCUUGAGGAUGUCACUAACAUUUAUCAGGCUAAGAAAACAAAGCUGACCAAGCCGGAUCAACUCAAUGUUUCAACUGAGGUUCCAUCCGUUUCUUUCGAAGACAAUGCACCUUCAAAUCUGAUUGGUGGCCAGACAUCUGAACCAUCUGCUCAGCCUUUGAUUUCUCAAGCUAAAGCGGCUUCACAAACUGAUGCAGCUAAGAAAGAUAGUGAUUCCAAACUUCUGAAUGCGCCCAAGGAUCCGGAUAUUCCUAAUAUAGAUGCUGAUAUUGAAGAUCCUCAACUAUGCAGCUUCUAUGCCGCUGAUAUAUAUGACAACUUGCGUGUUGCCGAGCUGUCAAGAAGGCCUCAUCCUAACUUCAUGGAAACGGUACAGCGAGAUAUAACUCCAGGCAUGCGUGCGAUACUGAUUGAUUGGCUUGUAGAGGUUUCUGAGCAAUUCAAUUUGCAAGCAAACACUCUUUACCUCACUGUGUAUCUCAUAGAUUGGUUUCUCUCCAAAAAUUCCAUUGAAAUAAAGAGACUUCAACUGCUAGGCAUCACUUGCAUGCUAAUUGCCUCGAAGUACGAAGAAAUUAAUGCCAACCAUAUUGAAGAUUUCUGCGUCAUGACGGACAACACAUACACAAGAGAGGAGGUACUAAAUAUGGAGAUUCAAGUGUUGAAGUCAUCUGCAUAUCAACUGUCCGCUCCCACAACAAAACAUUUUCUCAGGAGAUUUCUUCGAGCAGCACAAGCUUCAUACCAGAGACCUAGCGUUGAGUUGGAGUACUUGGCAAAUUAUCUGGCUGAAUUAACACUGAUGAACUAUGGUUUCUUAAAUUUCUUUCCUUCUAUGAUUGCUGCAUCUGCCGUGUUUCUCGCAAGAUGGACAUUGGAUCAGUCAAGGCACCCAUGGAAUCCAACUCUUGAACACUAUGCCUCUUACAAAGCAUCCGAUUUGAAAGCCACAGUUCUUGCAUUACAAAAUCUACAGCUGAAUAGCGAUGAUUGCCCUUACCCUGCGAUCCGUACAAAAUACCGACAAAGCAAGUUUCAUGGUGUAGCAGUUUUGUCUUCACCAACACUACCUGAAACAAUGUUUUGAAGAUGAAGAUGGACACGUGAAUGCAAGGGACGGGCGGGACCCCUAAUUUGUAACUGAUAUAUGAUGAUCUGUACAAGUCACAGAGGGAGACUUCAUCAUGUCUAAUCUAAUCUUCCUUCCAACCAUUCUUAAGUUGUAUGUCUAUUCUUUGAUAUCUUUUGUAUAUACAUUUUAUGACCUAUUUGUUUAGGGUUCUCACUUAGUUGUCUGAUAUCGACUAAGCACCAGAAUGAACCAUUUUGCCAAGAAUGUCUUGGAUUCAUUCAGAUUCAAAUGUUGUAAUUGUUUAAGCAGUGAGAAUAGAUAGAUGUCUUAGACUAAUAUAGUUGCUUCCUCUGUGAGUUCUAUAGUUA